AUGCCAGGAGGCUUUGGGACACACAGUUGCCAUCAGGACGGCUCAGACGUUGCUAUCAAGGCCAUAGACCUCAGCAUUCUGGUGGGCAAGGGAGAGUGUCCGGAGGAUGCUGGCUUCGAGGAUGAGGUGCAGCUGCUGAGCAAGUUCAGGCAUCCGCACCUUGUGACACUCCUGGGGUGGGGACAUCAGGGACUCGGGCGGUACCUGGUGUAUGAGUUUCUUUCUGGUGGGGACGUCUUUCAGAGGCUACACCAAUGCCAUUGCGGUCAACGCAGCUUCCCCUGGCAUGAGAGGCUAAGCGUUCUUCUGGAUGCUGCGAGCGGCUUGUCGCACAUGCACAAUGCCACGCCCAAGGCAUUCCACCGAGACAUCAAGUCAGCCAACAUCCUUCUAGACAGACAUGGCACUGCUAAGCUGGCGGAUUUUGGCCUGAGUUGUGUCAGCAAGCACGGCGCGACAAACAUCACGGUCAAGACAGUUGGCGGCACUCCGGGAUACAAAUGUCCUCUCUACGAGCGCUCGCGACGCUGCACCGAAUCAUCCGAGGUGUACUCCUUCGGCAUGGUCAUGCUGGAGGUGCUCACAGGCCUGGACCCUUCCGCAAAAGAUGCAUCAGCACCCCGAGGCAUCGUUUUUCCGAUUGCCCAGACUGUGGCUCCAAACACACCCGGCGCACUGCAGCGGCUCUUGAGGUCCGUGGACUCGACAGCAAGUUGGCCUCGGAACCUUUUCGAGGAACUUGCUCCGUUGGCCCUGCAGAGUGUCUGCUGCCCAGACGAGGAGAGGAGACCUACAUUCGUCGAACUUGUGCGGCUGCUGAAGUCGUCAGUCGAGCGCUUCCCCGGUGGGUGCUCUCUUGAGAGGGUGGAUGUCACCCAGGCAUCCGCUUGCUCGGAUAUCGAUGUCUCAGGAGGCGCAGUUGCGCGUGCUCAGAGUGCAACACAGGCAUGUCCUCUGCGAAAGCCGUCAUCGCGAUGUAGGCUGCGUCCAGGAUGUGCGGCACCGAAUACAAAGCAACCGUCACCCGACGAGAUUCACCGGAGCGUCAGCAAGGCUAGUGCCAGAGACCCUGCAGCCUCCUUUGUGCUUGAACUCUUGGAGUCUGUUGGAUGCCAUCCGGAGGAACUGCCUGUCGAUCAGCGAUGGUUUGCAUUGAGCCCGGAUGAUGAAGGCCACUUGUCGGCUGGCGUGGGAAGACACCUGCAGGGUCGUCUUUUCGAAGCAUGGCUACCAAACCCGCAGCGAGCCUGCAUCUCGCGCAUAGCUUUGGAGAUUUCUUGGUCGAUCGAGUCUGCAGAUACUGCGGUCUUGACCUCACGAGGGACCAACCCCUUGCUUGUGGAUGGCAAACUGGUUUCCCGAGGUCAAACGGCAAGCUUGAGAAUUGGUUCAGAAAUAGCUUUCAAGUACGAGAUGCACGUCCUGCUGCUGUUCCGAUUUACGGCGCUCGAAGAUUCUCUCCUAACUCCUCAGUGGUCGGAAAAGUGGUCGGUACAGCUGACAGAAGAAGAGUUGAGAUUAGCCCAGCGCGGAGGUGCCACGGCGCUAUCAGGCGCACAUGGACUUGCAGAUGCUGUGGUGAGGCUGAACAGCGCCACCGGCGAAGCCUCACAGUUUGGUGCAGUCACUAUCUCUUCGGGCUCCACCCAUCAUCUGCUCUACCGCAAGAAACAGAAGGAGGCCACACUGGCACAAUGUGGCCUUGGAAACGGCUCCUGCAAAAAUACGGCGGUCCAGAAUGUGCCGGCGUGGACUUUUGCCGUGGAAGCCGGGCUGCCCGAGGCAUCUAUUCCUGAAGACAGCGCUCUUCUUCUAAGCUGCAUACAAGCAGAGGUCCUCAACACAGUGCAAUUGACCGACCUGCCCAGUUCCCUGCGAGAAGUGCGCUUGCAGCAUGGGCGCAAUUUCGUGGGACGUCAUUACCAGCAGCAUUUGUUCGAGGCCCUGCUUCGUCCGCUCGAGCGAUUGAACGUUUCGGGCUGCCACCUUUGCCUGGAUGUGUCGGAGCACUCUGCGCUGGUAACCAACCUCAGCUCAACCCUUGAAUUUUUUGUCGAGAAGGAGCAUGUGCCCAAAGAUCGGAGUGCUCAGCUUCAAGACGGGCAGGUGCUGAGCUUUGCCAAGAGGAAUGGCGCUGAGUUUUCCCGGCUCCUGGAUUUCCAGGUGAAGGGGCGAGCCACUGCGCGAUACAACUCCAGGCUUGGCUCCGUCGCCGCUGACGGAGCUGCUGAGUCCACAGCAGACCACGCCUGGCACGCAGACGGCUCAUCGCAGCCUACCGCGAGGCUCUCUUCACAAGGACUGUCCACUGGCAAGAUGCUGGAGGGAGAGGCUGGCAAGGCGCAUUGUGGCGAAGUAUUUGCAGAGGAUCCUGGAGCCAGCACAUCUCCAGCAGUGAUCCUUGAGCUGAGCGGCGCAGGGACAAAGGACUUGCCGGUUGAGAAGAGGCGACUGGGGCCGAUGACGUUGAGGAAGGGGCCCUGGAUCAUGGGCCGCCGCCAUCAGCGUGAGUUUCUGCAGACCGUCGUGAAGGAGGAAUGCAUCGAUUUCGUAAGUCGCGACCACUUCGCAAUUGCUUUUGAAGAUGAUGCAUUCUUUCUCCUGGCCCUGUCGCAAAACCGGAUCUGGUUGGACAGCAGCAAGACACUGAGCACCAGGAGUCUCCAGCGCGACGAAAUGCAGCAGUUACGGCCCGGCGACCACAUCCUUCUUGGUACCAGUGAGGCGGGAACCGCAGACUCGCUGAGGUUGUGCUGGCGCUUCAAACUUGCAGAGCCUGAAUCCAUUUCCUGA